GAAUCCCAGAUCUGGCGUGCAUGUUCGAUCGGUAUACUUUUCAUUCAGCAUCCAAGCAACUGUCUUUGCUGUCAAAGGUGUCCCUAUCUUGAACUUUCCGCGGAGGUAUCUGAAUGCACUGGUGGUGGUGAUGGCGGUCAGCCAGCUGUCCCUGGAAAGUGA